AUGGAGUCUUCAAGAAUCCUAGGGCGCACAGAGGGAUGCAGUGGCAAUAGCAGUAAUGAAUCGGGGUGGACAACCUAUAUUGCUUCCCCCAUCCGAGAAAACCAUCACCACCUUGAUGAUGAUGAUGAUGAUGAUCACAGUACCGAUAACCAAGCAGAUUACAGAAAAGGCACUUAUAAUAAAGUUGAUGAUGGUACUGAAAGUGAUGAUUCCAUGGCUUCUGAUGCCUCUUCUGGUCCAAGUCAUCUUGAAUUUCCAUGUAAAAUCAAUGACAUAAGUGUCGGCAUAGGUCCUUCCAAGCAUGCAAUUACUAAAUACUCAUCAAGAGAAAAACUUGGCAGACAAUUUAAGCAAAACGAGGGAGCAAGGCCAAGGACCAAACCAGGAAAAGAAGUUGAGAGCGCCGCUAGUGACGUUCACGGUGGAGCCACGGUAAGGAAGGCCAAGUAA